CUUCAUCGCACCUUCGCUCGCCCUGCGCUGGUGUUCUUCUCUCCUGCCCGGGUUUCUCUCUCCUGCUCGUCCAGACGCCCUCCAGCAGGACUCGUCGCCUGAAGUAGAUCCGCCUGCCGAGAUGGUCCGCCUGUCCAGCGCCUCAUUGGCCGUCCUCGGCCUCGUCUUCCUGAGCACGGGUGCCGUCCAUGCCCAGAACUCAAGCUCCACUUCGGUUGCUCCCCCGCCGCCCACCUCCUCGGCCCCUCCCCCUCCUCCGCCUCCAACUUCGGAUGUUCCCUCGUCGACCAUCCAGACGACCACAACCACGACCACUACCACGACCAACCCGCCGUCGAGCACCACCCACUCCAAAACAACCACAGUGGCCUCCUCGACCAGCUCGCUCUCCGUCGUCACCACGCAGCUGACCCAGGCUCCCACCACCGCCACCACCACCACGAACAAUGGACCCAUUACCCAAGGCCCGCCAGUUGGCCCCGGAUCGACUACAAGCUCUGCCAGCACCGCUACUCCCAGCGGCAAUGGCAGCCCUCCUCCGACUGACAACAGCGGCUCAAACCUUGGCGCGAUUGUCGGUGGCAUUGCCGGCGGAGUCGUUGCCGUGGCCCUGAUCGCGGCUGCCGGUGGUUAUAUCUACACCCGUCGCAAGUACCAGAACAAGGACCGCGACCUUCCUGUCUACGGCUCUGCUCUGCCCCCUCCCCAGGUCUCGAACUCAUGGAAGCCUCUGGAUGAGCCCAACAACUACGGCUCGCCUGUCAUCGGUCCUCCCCAGAAUGCCUAUGGGGUGCCCCCGAUGUCGCCCCAGUCCAACUUUGGCGGAUACCCCCCGCAGUCCGACUACGGCCGUGUUGCCUCGCCCCAGCCCAACUAUGCUUUCAACCAGCCGCCCCCGACCUCGAACUCGCCCAUCCCGCCUCUGAGCUCGCAGCCCAACAUUGACGAUUCGCCCCAGCGCUUCUCGUCCCUGGAUCGCUACCGAUCCAAUGCGGCCAGCGCUCCUGCCCCUGUCUCUGUCCCUGCUACCACCAGCGCCCCGGCCAUCCCGAUCCCCCAGCCUCCCGUCAACACCAACGGACCCAAGCCUCAGCGCCGCUUUGUCCGCGUCGCUCGUAAUGCCGAGAACCCGGACGAGCUCAGUAUGAUCAAGGACGAGGAGCUAGUGCUUCUGGAGACCUACGAAGACGGAUGGGGCUUGGCCGAAAACACCACUGGCUCCCGCGGCGUGGUCCCCCUCAACUUUUUGUCGGAGCCGGCCCAGGCCGAUGUGCGAACGGUCAUCCGAGCCCGCUUCGCAGUUCAGUCCGACGAACUGACGCUGAAUGCGAACGAGAAGCUGACUGUUGUCGAGGUCUAUGAUGACGGCUGGGGCCUGGUUGAGAACAGCCACGGCGAGCAGGGCAUGGCUCCCCUCAACUUUUUGGCCUAAGUCUUUGGACAGCUGCCUGACUCGUCGCAUGGCCGAUGUUGCUGCUCCAGCCGACAGCGAAAGGAUUCAUCGAACAGCGCCGCUUUAAUGCUGGUGAUCCAGGGACGACC